CGUUUUAUUUUUAUUUUUGCGUCAUAUUUAUUAAAUGAACACAAUAUAGAUUUGAUUAGAUUUGGUUGUCAUAUAUAUCAGAAUUAAUUGUCUUUAUGUAAAUAAGCAAAUAAGCUAUUUCGAUUUCGGCCAGAAACAAAGGACAACACGAGAAACUAUAUUUGGUAAAAAUUCCUAUGUUGCUAACUUUAAAAAGGUAAUUAAGACCUCAAAGAAGUCAUCGUCUUAAACUAGCUUUUUUUUAUUGUAUGUGUCUAUGCCAAAUUAAGGAGAAUAUAGCUAGCUAUCUAGUGCAUAACAAUUUCCAGUUUAUUUUAUCAGAAACCUUGAUUUGAUAGCAAGUAAUAUGACGAGCCAAAUUGAUGUGUUGUGAGUCCGUAGUGAAAAAAAUAACAAGUUAACGAACGUUGAAGGGAAAAGAUAUAAUAAAAAUAGAGGUGAUUUUUUUAAUUUUAUAUUAUAUAAGAUUUUUAGUAAACUGUUAUAAUUGUAUUGAGGACAGGGAAAUCGUUUCUUUAACAGUUAUCGACAAAUGAAUAUUUUUUCUUGACGUGACGCUUGAUUACGUUGUGCGAGAUUUAAAAUUAUUCUUUAUUUUGUAACAGUGCAUACCGUAUGUUUCAUAGAUUAUCUCUAAUAGUGCCGUAACCACAAUUUGCAUAUAUGAAUUUUGCUUUAUAUAGUGGCUACCUGAGCCGGCCCCAAUGGUGGCCGCCGAGUGGGAAAUUUUCAAGUUUUACAUCUCUAGAUUGGCGGAAAAUGCCCUUUCAGAUGUCAACGAUCUCAUGGUUAAAUGUUAAAAUCACGAUGGAUGUUUCGAUCUUGUAGUAAUUUGAAAAAGCUGCAUUGUUUAAUUGGCAUCAAAAUAUAGAUAAAAAUUUCCAUCAGAAACCAAAAGGUAGAAGGAGAUUUAUAUACACGACUACAAUAAUAUAAAAAAUGAUAAGAACACUAGAAAUUUUUGGGGUGCUGCUGACUUUAGAAAACUUACAUCGCAUUUGGACUUUUUAUUUUAAAAAUUCCAAAUGCGAUGUGCUGUGUGCCCCCUCAAAACACAUUCAGUGAUUUUUAUAAUAAUAAUCUAUGGUAAGGAUCCGAAUAUUCCUGAACAAUUUUCUCUCUUUUUAAUAAUUUUGUUUACUACUUCAUAUUAUCAGUGUAUGAUUUGCGAGUAUGUAACACCAUUAGAUUAUUCAUCUGUGUAUCAGUUAAGGUAGCUCGGCGGUAAGUUUUAAUGCGGUUCAAAGCUAAAAAACAUUGUUCGCUAACAGCAUUUGUAGCAGGCAUAACUAACAUCAGUUUUCCCACUUUUAUAACUAAAACAAAAGUAGUUUUCUUGGGUUAUCUAACUUUUGGAGAAAUGACACUAAAUCUGUCUCUCUUUCUCUCUUUUUCUCUCUCUCUCUCUCUGUUUUUCUUUUUUUUUAUCAGGAAAAUUAUUAUCGUAAAGUUACUAAAUAUGGCAACAGAAAACUAAUGUAAUAAUUUAAUUUACAUUUAAAUACACUAUGAAUCAUUCGAUAAAUUAUUCCUAAUCCGUUGGGUUUGUGACGUGUCGAAGCAUCGUUCAUUCUUACUCAAUUUGCAGCGUGAUAAUUCUGUACAAGUUGCUAAAUUUGGAGCCUUAGCGAAGAUCAAAGAAUACCGACAUCCGAUAGUACAUCCGGCUCGAAAUUUAGCAACUUGUACAGAAUUACCACGCUGUCUAGUUUCACUUUUGAAGUGAAACUACACAGUACAGUAUUGUGGAGAUUAUACAGUACAAUAUUGUGGAGAUUAUAGGUUGGAAGACUUAAAAUAAGCGGCAAAAGUAAACAAUAGGAAGUAAUAAAUAGUAAAAAAUUUUGGAAAAUUUUCCAAAAGCUAGCUUGGUUUAGAAAUAUAAUUCCCACGCAAUAAAAAUAUGGUAUUUGAAGAUCAUGCUAUUUUUACAUUCUUUAGGAGGAAAAAAAACAAGUGUUGGCCUGCUUCAGUAUUUUCAGUGACAGAAAAAUUUUUCGAAUUAAUAUAAGAGACUUUGCUAGCUAUGACUAACUGUGCAACUUUUGACUGUAUUAACUACCUUGAGGCUGGUGUAAGCCGUUUAGUUUAUUCUACUUUCGACAACAUCUCUCUUAAUACUUACUUGAAAAGUAUCUACUUGAAGAGUAACGUAAUGCAUUUAAGCUGAAUAAAUGGAAGAUUGAGGGAAUUAAAGUUUCUAAUUAACAUGCAAAAAGAUUGGAUCUUUUGGGAACAGAGUGAGUACAUUUUCUUAUGUCUUUACCCGAUUGUUUACAUUUCAUGCGUCUGAAAGCUGGAAUAUUUGAUGUCACUACGCACAUCGCUUUGUUUGCCCAAAAUUGGUGCAAUGACCCAGGACGAUGUCUUCAGUAUAGCCUGGAUUCGUUAUUAUUGCAUAAAUACUAAGCCCUGUUUUGAUGAUUUGUAAACCUGAUUGGUUUAUCAUCGGAUUAUUUCGCACUAACCAGUUUUUUUGUAUUAGACAAGUAAUUCACAGUACAACAUGACAACCGGUUAGUUUAGUAUCCUUCUAUUUGCAAAGUGAUUCAACAGUAAAACUUAUAAAGGAAAUAUUUGUAAUCGUUUUGUCGUUGAUGGUGACAAUUAGAACAAUGUCUAUCUAGUGAAAAACAAUGACUUCAUAUCCUGGAAAUUUGUGACAACUCAGUUUCGCUUUCUCAAACCUUAGGUAAUGUUGUUUUGUUACGCCUUAGUGGUUUCAAUUCUAAUUGAAAGGUUCGGUUUAUGAAGCUGUGAUAUAUCCAGUGAAUGUGAAGACACGCAAACGAACAUUCAGUAAAAGAUGCUGCAUUUUGGUCUAUGCCACAUCUGUCAUCGAUGAGCAAUAAUCAAAAUCAUUUUUUGCUAUUUAUUAGUUGAGUCUUGAAUUAGAGUAUCAAAAUCAACCAAUCAGAUUUAAGUAAUUACAUUGGGUAAAAGUUCUUUCUUGUACUCGCAAGGGACGAAACGAUUUGUCCGAGGUGGAGAAAAUUCUCAUGAAAUUGAAAUUUUUUAGACUUCAUGCUCAAUUGCUCAAAAGUAAUAUUAUAAUUAGAUAAAGUAAAUCUCUUUGAUUGAUAGAUUUUAUUUCCUCGUUUUAACAUAGCCGUUUUAAGGUAAAAAUAAAUCUUUUCAUCUGCCCGCUUUCGGCGCUAAAUAUGGUAGUACAUAUCAAAACAUCUACAGCCGAUUCAAUUUCUGAUUUUAAAAGCUUUUCCACAACAGGAUCAGAAGUUUCUUGCAUUUAAAACCUCGUAAUCGCUCACUUCCUAUUCUAUCAUUUUCCUGCGUAUUCCUGAACUCUUCAUCAAUAUCAGCUUCAAAAUCUCGGGUGCAGUUACAAUAACGUCAUCAUCUAGACUCACUUAUGUAGUGUUGACAUCAUCUGGUAUUAUUGAAGAAUCAGCUUUGAUCCAAGGGAUUUUUAAAUAGUUUAUAUGAAUUAGCGAUAGCAGCUUGGUUAGAACAAGAGUUAUUUCGACCUUUAUAAAACAGUUAGCGAUGGUUACGAAUUUUUUUGGCUACGACUUGCCAAGAAUUAAUCAGUAUCUUUAUGGCUUUUUAAUUUGAAAUCUUUGGACAAAGCUCUCUUUCUCUCUAAGGCUGCCUGUGACACGUUGGUUCAUUUGCUGGAGUAUUGACGUUGCAUUGGUGGUAAAAACCAAAUUUAAAAGUUGAUUAAAUUUGCCAUCGAUUAGCGCAAUUUAGCGGUCAUCUUGACAAUCGUACAAGACAAGGCCUACUGUUUUCCUUGUUGGUAUCCAUAUUUUAAAUUUCAAAUGAUUUGGGUGCAUUUAAGCUAUCAUUUUUCAUUCCCUAUUUUUUUAGUGCUAUUUACUGUGUAGAUAAACCCUGAGACACAAAAUGUUUGAGAAAGAAAAAGAAAAAGUCGCUAAAGUCCAGGAGAUAGUCGAGUCAGAGAGAGUCCAUUGUAGAUUUUUUAUGGAUUGAUAAUCUUUUCUUUUUCUAAAAUUUCGCUUUCUGUGGCGUUUGUCUCGAACUAUUGUACUAUUUCUAAAUAUCCGCUUUCUAAAGUGCGAACCAUAUUUCUGGAAGUUAAUAGGAAAUCUUAUUGAUACGAGUAUUUCUGUCUAUUUCCGGCUUCUUUCUUUCGCAUUUCUUGCUGUACGACCGGAUUUUCGGACUAUGGCCUCUUUAUUGUCCCAGUCAAUAAUACGAUUAUUCUACCAGCUAUGGUCCGCAAUCUUAUUUAUGUCUGUUUCAGCGUUGUAGACGGCUCUUUUGUGCUGGUGUACAAGUUGAUUGUACAACCUUUCGUUUCACCGACAUAAACAGUAUCACAAUCCUUGCAUAGAUUUCGGUCUUUCGCUCAAAGCACUGGCGCAGCAAGAGUAUUUAAUAAAAAAACCCAGGUUUUGACCACAUUUCCCCAUACAUUUUAGGCUUGACUUAUCGAGUAAUUCUAACGAGUAACUAGCUGUUCCAGUUACUGGAAUUUUGAGAUAUCAUGAUUUUACUGUACUUCAAAUGUAUAUUUAGGUUGUACGAUCGUUGUUUGGCAAAGAAAAUAUGAGUCACUUUUUCAAAUUGCCACAUCCAAAGGAGUUAUUUGGGUAUAAAGGCUGUGCUUUUGUUAUCGCUUCGAUUCAACUCGUGUUGAUAUGUUGUUACGUGAGAUAUUUUUCCGACGGGAGGCAGCAUAUGACGUCAUUAAGAACGCCCUUAAUGUUUUUUAUCAACUAUAAAGAGGUGAUACUGAAGCAGAACUCUUCGACAAGUUUGACAGAAAUUCCUUAUAUAAGAAACAAUUCUUAUUUAGCAAAUUUCCAAAUCAAACCAAAAGGAAAUAAAAAGAACGUGAAUGUAUUACUUAUUGUAUCAACUGGACCAAGAAGAUACGAUAGAAGAGCCACAAUACGUAAAACAUGGUGGCAGCAAUGCAAAUCUACAGGAAAGGUGGUACCGGAAUGUAUAUUUAUGACAGAUAAACUUGCUGAAAAUCAAGAAUUCUAUAAUAUUAUCAAAAACGAAUCUCGUACAUACCAUGACAUGCAUUUUCAAAACUUGUCUGGUGGUGUAGAGUUUGGUAAAAGGUUUUUGUAUCAUAUGGUGUACGCAGUAACGAAUUAUAAUUUCGAUUAUUUUUUAAGAAUGGACGACGAUUACUUUUUCUGCAUGGAAAAGUUUCUUCACGAAAUUCCAGUCCCAAUGGAAAAAUAUUUUCACUGGGGGUGGGUACAUAAUGUUCCUAAUAUAACACGUCCAGAAGAAAGCAUGAUUUUAUUUUCAAGGGAUGUUAUAGAAUUAUUUUUAUCACAAGACCCUAACAAAAUGUUAUGUCAUCCAUUGGCAGAUCAGAUGGUAGCUGCAUGGUCAAACCAUAUAAACAUGAUGUAUUUAUUUAGGCAUGAUUCCAGAUUACAUCAUCAUCCCCCGGUGCGUGAUUUACCACAUAUUAAGAAUAGUAGGAAUAUUUGCGGUAGAUUCAUUGGUGUUCAUGGUGCUUAUCCCAAUGAAAUGAAAACGUUGUGGAAUAACAGAGGCAAACAGAGUAUUUAUACGACCUUGAAAUACAAUUCUCAUAUUGUGACAAUCCAAAGACCAUUCAGAUGGCAACUGUUCGAUCAUACGUGGCAGUAUGAACCAAAACCAUGUGUUUCAAACCCUUCUUGGAAUACUUCAAAGCUGUUUGUAACGAAAGGCUUCUAUUCAGGUCGGCAAAGUGAGGACAAAGAACAUCAUUGAAAAAUGUUACACACAAAUGGACGUUAGAAUUAUUAAAAGCCAAGUGAUCAUAUUCUUCUUCUUCAUAGAUAACAACUGCAAAAGUAAAAUAUUCAAUCUGAAAUAUAAACAUAAAAAGCAAAAGUUAAAAGCGUUAUAAAAAAAUGCGGGUAAAAUUUUGGUCAAGAGAAAAUGUUGUUC